AUGCUCCGUGGAAUAAGAACGCUGGAACUCCGGGAGUUUGAGAAGGGGAAAGAGAUCGAAGGCCUGGGAAAGGUUGCUCCCGGUAUGCUUGUGUCCCAUGAGUUCUUUAUGGGUGAUCGAUUUCAGUACGAUAUCCCAAGGGGUCCCUUUCACUCCAGCCGCGACUGGCUCACCGCAGAGUUGAACAUCGUAAUGCUUGACCAGAAAGCAAUCAUGGACAGCUUCGAGGACGAAGACGACAAAGAAGAUGUUGAAGAGGUUAUUACGGUGGCGAAGAAAUUGCUCUUUCUUAUUCCCAAAGUGUUCCCUCCCAGUCUGGACGAGCCAGAGACAACAGUUCUUUACCACCACGAUCUCCACCUUAAAAACAUCUUGGUAAGCGAAGAAGGGGAAAUCACAGCCAUUUUGGAUUGGGAAUGCGUCUCGGCCAUGCCUCUCUGGAUGACGACCAAGGUUCCCAGAUUUCUUGAUGAGCCUGUUCGAGAGGAGGAGCCGCAACGGGACACAUAUGCCGAUGAGACACCUGAGCAGGCUGCGGCCGCGGCAGAAAGGCGCCAUGAUCCGGACUACCUCGACAGCGAAGGCAAAAACAGCCCGUACUUCAUCCGUAAAAUGGAGUACGAAGCAACGCAGUUGCGGAAAGUUUACAAAGCGACCUUGAGACAGUUAUGGCCGGGUUGCCCACAGGGAGAAGAAACCUUGAUGGAGGUGAACUUCCACCAUGCUGUAUCACAAUGUGACGGGAUAUGGGUGAAAAUGGCAGGCAGAUGGGCUGACCGCGUGCUGGCCGGUGAGUCCAUACGGUUGGAGGACGCCUGA